AUGGAAACCGCAUCGAAAGAGAAAAUCUAUACAAGGGCGCUUCUUGUAACUGCAAUUUCUGCAGCGUCUGGCAUGCUUUCAUGUGGAUGGAACAGCGGAUGUAUAAAUUCAGCCGAAAAACCUUUGAAAAAAUUCAUCUCAGAUGUUUAUUUCGAACGACGUGGACAUCAACCCUUAUCUUCACAUUCUGUGACUAUACUAUGGUCCAUAGUAGUAUCAAUAUUUCCAUUCGGUGGAAUAUUUGGAGGAUAUUUUGCCGGACGGCUUAGUAAUAAAUUUGGCAGAAAAAGUGGCUUACUAUUAACAAAUUUAAUUGGCAUAUCAGCUGCAGUAUUAAUGUCUAUUUCUAAAUUUAUUUCAUCACCUGAAUGUCUUAUUCUUGGUCGAUUAGUAGUUGGCAUUGAAUGUGGAUUAUAUACCGGCCUCUGUUCUAUGUAUCUAGCUGAGAUUAGUCCCAAAAAAAUUCGUGGUCGAAUUGGAACAUUAACAUCAUUCAUCUCAUUUACCGGUCUGCUAUUGGGCGAACUUUUCUCGACACCUAUUCUUUUUGGAACUGAUCAGUUGUGGCCAUUCAUCAUGUUGACGGCCAUUUUCCCUGCCGCGAUUCAGUUUACAAUGCUCAGUCUAUUUUGUUCCGAGAGUCCAAGGUAUUUGUUAAUCAUUCGUAACCAAGAAUCACAGGCCAAAACUGUUGUAAUGAAAUUACGACAAAAAUUUGAUGUAAAUGAUGAAAUUGAUGAGAUGAAACAAGAAGCAGAAAACUUAUCAAGCCAAAAGAUUGUAAAUAUCAAAGAACUAAUUAUAAAUCCAAUUUAUCGAUUAUCAUUGUCAGUCGCCGUUGUUGUUCAUCUAUCUAUGCGAUGGUGUGGUAUUAACGGUAUAAUGUACUAUUCUACACCUCUGUUUGAGAAAGCGAAUAUUGGUGAGAAAAGUUCAUAUGCAACAACGGGAGUUGGAGUUAUACUUGUCAUAAUGACUGGUGUAUCAGGCUAUCUGAUGGACAAAGCGGGUAGACGAACAUUACAUUUGCUUGGUUUAUCUGGCAUGUGUGUGUGCAGUCUGCUGCUCACACUUACAUUGGCUCUUGGGGUAAGUACGAUAGAUUUGAACAAAUAUUUUUUCAUUCUUUCUUGUUUAAAGCAUUUGGUUGAUUGGCUCAAGUAUUUUUCCAUUGCGU